AUGAUCGAAUGGUCUUCGCUACUGAAUGGGUUGCGGGGCAUCCUCGCCCUCCUCCUCGCCAGUCUUCUACUGUUAUACUGGUAUAUCCGCAUACCGGGUGAUCUGCCCAAGAAUAUACCCACAGUACCAAUCUAUAUAUCGCUGCUAGGUCUCUGGAGCGACAUGGGCCAAGACGACAUCUACGAUCGAUGGCUCCGCGGGCCGUUGGAAACGCAUGGCGCUGUCAAGAUAUGGUUUGCCGGUCGAUGGAAUGUCCUGGCAACGCGACCGCAAUUCCUAGUGGAUAUGUUUCGGCACGAAGACGUAUAUGCGAAAGCAGGGAGUCAGAAGAAGAUUCCAUGGGGUGUGAUUGCCGCGUUGGUUGGCGACAAUAUUAUCAAUGCCCACGGUGAUAACUGGAGGCUGUUUACGUCUAUCAUGAAGCCGGGCUUGCAGCGGCGAAUCACCGAUUCGAGACCGUUACUGGAGAAGUCGCGGAAGUUUGUGGAUGUAAUAUUGGAGGAACAGAGUCGGCUUGGGAGGGCAAAGGGGGUGUUGGUUAACCCUAUCAUUCAGCGGUGGGCCUUGAGCUGUAUGGGGAUCAGUUUUAUGAAUGUCGAUCUUGAGGCCUUGGAACGACCCGGACAGCGUCUUGAAGAGCUCCAAACAAUCAUCAAGAAGACCUUGUUCAAGCCACUGUUCUUCAAUUUCCCCGACCUCGAUCGAUACCCAUCUAUCUUCCACCAACGCAAGAUUGCUUUCGCAACCAUGCAAGAGUUUGGAGACAUACUCUGUGAAACAGUUCGGCGACGAUCCCAUGACCAAGAAAAUGGCGAUGGCGAUGGCGAGCAGGUGGUCGACUAUCUCGACCGGGCCUUGAAGGAAGGUCGCAUCACCGAGGAGCAAUACCGCGCCAACCUCAAGAUCACCUUCCUCACAGCACACGAAAACGCACAGCAGCUCGUCAAUUCCGCCUUCUGGGUCCUGGGCAAGAACCAAGCCGUGCAGGAGAAGCUUCGAGCCGAGAUUCUUGCGACUGGCGAAGAAGACCCGUCGACCGAUCUGGUCCACUCACUGCCCUACCUCUUUUCCGUCAUCCUCGAGCUUCUCCGCCUGUAUCCACCCGUCUCUCAACUGAUCAACCGCGUGACUACGGCCCGAUCCGUUCUAGGAGGCGAAAUAAUCAUCCCGAAUCGUACGUGGGUCGGCUGGAAUGCCUUCGGCGUGCAUACGGAUCCGACCGUAUGGGGCCCAGAUGCCAGAGAGUUCACUCCCGAGCGAUGGGGGAACGAGGUCAAGGCCAUCCAGAAUGCCAUGCGUAGCAAGACGACUCAAUGUCAUUUCAUUGCGUUCAAUGCACACUCGCGGAAGUGUUUGGGCCAGGGGUUCGCGGUGCUACAGAUGAAGAUCCUGCUGUUUGAAAUGGUGCGGCGCAUGGAGUGGAAUAUCGAUGCGGAAUAUGAACUGAAACUGACGUCGGGCGGGAUUAUGGCUCCGUUGGGACUCCGUGCUGUUGUGCAAGAGAGGGGUGGACCGGCCGAGGUGAACGGUGUUGUGCAGUAG